AUGCCAUCCAACAUUCGUGUUUUUUUGGACGUUGCCAUCGGCAACAAGACGGGAGGAAGAAUCGUGUUCGAGUUGUUCGAUGAUGUAGCCCCUUUGGCGGUUGAGAAUUUCCGUGGUUUAUGUACGGGAGAGUAUGGAAACGCGAAAUCCUCCCACCUUCCACUCUCAUACAAAGGAUGCAAGUUCUUCAAAGUUGUUCCAGGAUUUGUUGUCCAAUCUGGCGAUUUUGAAUGCAACAACGGAGACGGAGGAGAGAGUAUUUAUGGAGGGACGUUUAAGGACGAAAACUUUCUGAGGCGCCACGCUCAAGCAGGCGUUCUCUCAAUGGCGAACAAAGGUUUUCAUACCAAUUCAUCUCAAUUCUUCGUCACAUUAAAGAGAGCUCCCCAAUUGGACGGGAAGCACGUUGCAUUCGGACAGGUUGUACAGGGAAUGGAAAUUCUGAGGGCAAUUGAGAAAUGCCCGGUUGACGGUUCGAACGUUCCGAGAGUCGCGAUUCAAAUAACUGAUUGUGGCGAACUUCCGAAACUUCCAGCUGUCCGCCGAAACGAUCCAAAAGUUCAAAUGAGAGACGCAAUAUCCCUUCUGAUGGGAACAUUAGAACCUUCUAAGCCUGAUGAAAAGAAGGUGACGGAUGCUCAAAUUGGGGCCUUAAAAAUCCAACAAGCUGCUCUCGCUCCAGUAAUAAAAGAACAGACCAACAAGCAACCGCCUAAAAUGUUAGAGGAAAGGGAGGAAGGCUCAGAAGAGUCAGAUGUCGAGGAGCACCUGCCCAAAAGACGGAGGGUAGAAGAAAGUAACACUCAAGAAGUUUUGGAUUUGCAGGAUAGUCGUCAAAAAAAACUCCAUGAAUUGAGACAACGAUUAAAUCAAAGCAGAAAUUUGAAUGCGAAAGAAGUAGCAGAGGAAAUGAAGGAGCAACGUCAACGAGAUCCCACUGUUAAAUAUUUUAUGAACAAAAGGAAGUUGAAACAAUCCAUCAUUGAUUUUGAUAAAGCAGCACUCAGUUCUGAAGUCGUUGAGGACGAGGAGGAUCAAGAAGAACAAUGCGAUUCUCCUAAUCAAAGGAAGAAGAAGAAGAAUGAACAAACGAAGGACCAUUCAGGCCGUACAUAUUUGAACGAAACAGCAGAGGAUAUUCAAUGGAAGGACGACCGUUUAAAGAAAAAGAAAUCAAACGCAAAAAAAGCAUUUGGAUGGGAUGCAUUUAACACUGAUUCAUUUUAUCGAGCACAUAAAAAGAGAACUCAAGAUCUCCGAUUGGAUAAUGCUGCUUAUGGCCAGCAAAUGCUUCAGCUAGGAGCGCAUUUUUACGACCCAACUUCAGCUUUGGUGUCUGCUGAGUUUAGGCCAACAGAGGACGCCAAAGAAAGGCUGGCCCAAGAAGUUGAAAAGCAAAGCCAGAAGAGAAAAACAUUCAGUCGCAGAAGGAUGUACAUUGAGGAUGAGAAUGUUGGACACAUUAACGAGUACAACCGCACAUUUAAUAGACAACUGGAAAGGGCUUACGGUGCACAAGCAAUGGAGAUCAAAGCUGCUCUUGAACGUGGCACUGCUUUGUAG